UAUACCUAACUUAGUUAUAAUGCUUGUUAUUUUCUCAUGAAACUUAUAAAAGGGAUUGAAUUUGCCUAGUUCCAUCAUCCCAUCUUGUUUUAAAGACUAUCAGGGUUUACUUAGUACAUUAACCACUAUCAUGGAUAACCUGGAUUAUAAGAAAAUGUGCAGAUUGUGCCUAAGCAAAGACUGCACUUUAACAAAAAUAUUUUCUGAAAAUGAUUCAGCUCCUUUUACUGACUCAUUAUCACAAUUAAUUAUUGAUUGUGUUGGGAUUGAGGUUGAACCUGGUGAAAACCUGCCGGAUAAAAUAUGCAACGUCUGCAUAGAUGAGCUAAAACGAUGGCAAAGAUUUAAAAAGCUCUGUGAAUUGUCUAAUGAAGAAUUGAUUACAGGAAUGCCUCCUCUCCCAGACGAGGUUUUAGAAAAGAAUUUACAGAGCAAAAGUGACAACUUGGAAACAUCAUCUGAUUUUGGCUUGGGAGACGUGAGUUUGCUUGAACACGAUUCACUGUUCAAUAGCAUAGAUGGCUUCAAAGACGGAAAUAUAGUUGGCAAUGAUUUAAUCACUAGCAAACCAUUCUCGAGCUUAAAUAACAACUGUGAAAACAUUGGCAAUUGGAAUAAAAGGGAAGAGCAGUUGGAAAAUGAAGCAGAGGAUACAGUUCUAAGAGAAAAUAAGAGGAGCAAAUGGAGAGAAAAAUAUUCAAGGAUCUAUUUGAAAAAGUACAAUUGCGAGUUGUGCUCUAAUGUUUUCUCCAAAUUCAGCCAACUACUGCAACACGAUCGAGUCGAUCAUAAGGAUACAGAUAAGACUGUGGCGUGUGAUAAGUGUGGAAAGUUAUUUAUCUCCAAACAUAGGUUGGAAACUCAUCACCGAAUGAAGCACGGUGACAAGAUAUACGAAUGUGAUAUAUGCGGGCUCAAAAGUGUCUCUGAGAAAUCGUUGAAAGUUCACAAGACCCGACACAGCAAACGUUUCAUCUGUGACGUUUGUGGCCUCGUUACCAACUCCAACAGGAGUUUACAGGACCACAAACUUGCACAUAUGGAUGCACAAAGUAGACCUGUAUAUGUCUGUGACAUUUGUCAUCGAACAUUCAAAAACAAACAAUGGUUUGACACUCACAUGUUAACGCACACGACGGACAAAACCGAGUGGAAGUGUAAGGAGUGUGAUAAAGAGUUCAAGAAUCUGCAGAGUUUCAACAGACAUAAAAGUGCACAUUCGGAUGAAAAGACAGCUGUUUGUGAAGAGUGUGGUGCGGUUUUGAAAAAUAAAAUGACCCUCUAUAUACACAAACUGAAACACAAGGAAAAACAACACAUGUGCCAGCUCUGUGAUAAACUUUUCCAAACAAAAAAUCUUUUGAAUAGACAUAUGACAGUUCAUCUAAACCCAUCACAUCGUUGUUCUAUUUGUAACAGGGUUUUCAGUAGGAAUGACAUUUUAAAGAAACAUCUUAAAACACACCAUAAAACUAUUGCAAGCCAAUGAAAAAACCUUACACAAUAAAGUAAAACGUAAAACACUAUCCAAGGAAAAAAUGACAAUAUUGGAUUCUUGUUAAUAAGUUUUUACAAAAUAAACAGCACUGUAAAAAAACUUGUUAACUUGUAAUAUACCCUGAAAUAUUACGUAGCUUAGCAUUAUAAAAACACCAAACAUAUUUGACUGAUUGAAAACAACCUUUUCUAUGACUUUAUUUUGUACCGUACCUUUAAAUAGACUAUGCAAAAGAAGGCAAAUGUUUAAUUAAAAAGACGUCAAAUAUAUUUUUUUGAAAUGUUUAUUUAGUAAAAUACACAAUGGUUUGACAAAAGCUGAUGAUGAUACAAUAAUUAAAUUAAAA